UAUAGUCUACAGAUGGGAUGGCAAGAAGAGGAAUGUUGGUCAAUAUGAUUGAAACUGCUUAAUGUAUGGCCAGUAGUCUUUGAACCCCAAUACUGAUUGAAAGCAAUGAGAAAUGUAUGGGAUCAUAUCAUCAAAAAUAGUCAAGCGAAUGUAUAGCACUGAAUAUUCUUACAAGUGAAGUGUUAUUGGAAAUAUUGUCUCUAAGAUGCACUUCACAGUGUCCGAACAUGUUACACUUCUGUUUGACUUCUGGAAUGUACAAAGCCCUGGGGGAAUGGUGGCUUCUGUAUUCAUCGUCCUGAUGUUUACAGUAUUCUAUGAACUGUUAAAAAUUUGGAAAAUAACUUUGAAUGACAAGUCCUCACCACAGUCAUCUGCUGUCUCUGAAUCAGGAAGUCGACAAACUCUGGAAGACACAGCUUCAGAACCCUCAGAACCUAUGACGCCUCCACCUGGUAGUAGGAAGAACAGGUGGCUUCUGUUCCAUGCAGUGCAGAGUCUUAUCCACAUUUUCCAAGUAAUCAUCAGCUAUAUGCUGAUGUUGUGUGUGAUGUCCUACAAUGUCUGGAUUUUUCUUGGUAUCCUUAUAGGGUCAGGAAUUGGCUAUUUUGUUGGCUACCCCCUGCUUACCAAGAAUUGAGGAGUCUUCAAGUAUGGACUUGUAAAGCCUGAGCAAACUAUAACUGGAAAUGAGAGGACUAGACUUCAUUUUAAACUAGCAGUACUGGGGCAUAAGUAUGCAAAUCACCCACUCUUUGUGGGGAAUCGAAAACAUAAUGAUAAACUGAAGAAAUGGUCUCCAAAAAUCUACUAACAUGCAAAUCUUUCAUAUGAUUUUUCAGAAUAACAUUAUUCAAAUCUAAGUAUUAACAGGUAUGAUUACUGUGUUGAGUGAAGACAUUUCUGGUGAAGCAUGCAUCAGAAUGUGCGAGCUGCUGCGUGAACGUCUUCUGCAGGAAAUUGAAUUCCCCCCCCCCCCCCAAAAAUCAUACAA